AUGGCAGCUUCCAAGCCCCGGCCCAUGGAUGACGAGAACUUCCGCAUCUGGGCUGACAACCGCCAAGCUCUUUGUGAUGCUUUGCCCUACUUCAAGUCUCACGAGGGCAGCCUUUACACGUCGCUGAAGGUUGCCAAGGGCAUUCUCAUCAACAAGCAUGACACUGUGCGUGAUAUGCUGGGCUCAGAGGUGAUCAUUACCACUCUGGGUGGCGGAAGAAAGAAGAACGACCAGGGAGUGUACUUCCGAACUGGGGAUGGAUCCAAGAUUGUACUCAGAGCUGCAACCCUUGCAAUGGAGGCGCAUUCACCAAUUGGUGUUAUUCUUGGUAACAAGUACCCGUCACUGUCCAUCCCACUUGAGCAUGUCUACAAUGUGCUGGACUUCUUCACGCUCACAGACAUCUGGUCUGAGAGAGACACCAGAACCACUGAUGGUGUUUCUGUGUGGAAGAUCCGGCUUGAGAAGACUGAUCGCACCAAGAAGUCCUGGUGGGGAUCUGGAGAUGCAGUUGAUCCCUCAGUCGGCGGGUUUCCCGAGGAAAGACAGCACUGCAACAAGUGUCUUACUCCAUCCAAGCAGAUGUUCUCUCAGGGUUGGACCUGCCUGAAUGAUGACUGCGAGGAUACCUUCAUCUUCCCUGGUGGCAUCAGUCCUAUGGAGCUGACCUUUGCUUCCGAUGAAGCUUCUCCUCUGGCAUGGUGCACGGAGUGCCAUAAGAGCAGCAAGACGAUCUUCAAGGAUGGAUGGACUUGUCUCAACAAGGCCUGUGCCACCGCCUACUUCAAGUUCCCGGCUGGAGUCGAUGUCACCAAGCUGUCCUACUCGAAGGAGUUCCUCCAAGAGCGCACCGCCCACACCCUACCAGUAGGCUAUAUGCUGCAACCUCCACUCCCCCGUGUUGGCGCGGGUGGGUUCCUAGGGACGGAGAAGCAGAUGCGAGUUGGCAUCGUUUGUCCGCUAUGUGGCUGCUGCUCGAGACGAAAGUUCUGGACACGCUGGGCUUAUGAGAACCCAGUGUGCGGCUUCGUCUUGAAUGCCAAGCCAAGUCCACUUCCGGUGACCUCCAUCCACAUCGAGGAAUACCACCAUAACAGAAUGGCUUCGUUUGCGAACGUAAAGGCGGACUUCAACAUUCUACGGAAUGGCAACUCCGCGGAAGGCUAUGCUAUGGAGCAGUACCUGCUUCCGGACCCUCUCGACAUUACAGAAAUCCUCGGAUCUGUCACCGUCUUCCGAUCAACACCGGUGGUCAACCAGCACCCUGGAGGUCCUGACCGUAUGUGGCAUCAUCUGCUUGAUGAGACGGCCAAAGACAAUUUUGGGCUUCAGAGAAACGCUGCCAUCCAUCCUGGUUUGCCCAGCGAGAAGUUCACUCGUAACUUCCUCCAGAACUUUGGUGCUCCCUACAAGUUCGCGGUUGACGUGGCCACCAAGUCCUUCAACGAGGCGCCUGAAUCCAUCAUCGCAGCUCUCAAGAGACUGCGAUGGGCUGGCAGAGUCUCUGUCGAGAACAUGAACAACGCGCUUGAAGACGAGAACUUGGAUGUGGUUCGCGAUUCCGUCUCCGAUAGAUUUGUUGACUUCAACGAGCUUCUCUUCAUCGGAUACAUGGAGGAUGACAGAAUUGGCUACCAUGACGAUGGCGAGAGCACCCUGGGACCCACGGUUGCUACGCUCUCUCUUGGAAGCCCAGCUCAGAUGAUGUUCCGCUGCAAGAGCAGAUACGUGGGACAGAAUCCGACGGGAAUGGACCCCGUUGUUCUCAAGCUCCCGUUGCGCCACGGAGAUAUGGUGGUGAUGCAUGGCACUCGUAUUCACCAGGCAUAUGAACAUGCCGUCAACCCCAAGGGAAGACGUCGCUUCGCCCUGACGUCUCGGUACAUCGUUCCAGAGACGCUGGACGCCAGCGCAAGAGCCGAAGCUGCCAAGAAGAGUCUGGUUCGACCGAUCCCAGCGUUCUGGGACUUCCCCGGAGCGACCAGUCAGACAGCGAGCACACGGAGGGCUACGACUGGAAGGAAGCGCCGUAGCGGCGAGGUUGACGACACGAAGAAAACUAAGAAGCCUAAGACCAAGGCCUAG